CAGCCAGCAAGCACACUAGCUAGCCACCUACCCACAUCUUCCAGUUUCUAUGUGUGUUUCAUGCUUGCACAGCUCCAAGUAAGAGAUGGACGCUGAGCCUCGGCGGCAGCAACAGGAGGAGGAGGAAGAGGAGGGGACGACGAAGGAGCAGGACUCUGGCAACGGCGCCGACGCCGAGCCCGUCCACAACCACCGCGGAUGGAAGGCCAUGCCGUACGUCAUAGGGAACGAGACGUUCGAGAAGCUUGGCACCAUCGGGACGCUGUCCAACAUGCUGGUGUACCUGACGACGGUGUAUCACAUGCAGAGCGUCAGCGCCGCCACCCUCCUCAACGUCUUCUCCGGCACCAGCAACCUCGCCACCGUCCUCGGCGCCUUCGUCAGCGACACCUACCUAGGCCGCUACACCACCAUUGCCAUCUCCAUCAUCGCUUCCUUCCUCGGCAUGCUCCUGCUCACCCUCACCGCCGCGCUCCCCUCCCUCCACCCUCCCACCUGCAACGCAUCCAAAGGGCAACAACAGUGCCAGGGCCCGUCCGCCUCCCACUUCGCCGCUCUCCUGGCCUCCUUCUUCUUCCUGGUCGUCGGCGCCAGCGGCGUUCGGCCCUGCAGCCUCGCCUUUGGGGCAGACCAGUUUGACCCGCGCACCGCCGACGGACGUCGCGGCAUCGCCAGCUUCUUCAACUGGUACUACUUUACUUUCACCAUCGCCAUCAUGCUCUCUGCCACCGUCAUCAUCUACCUCCAGAGCAACGUCAACUGGGCGCUGGGGCUCGCCGUCCCCGCCGUGCUCAUGGGCAUCUCAUGUGUCGUCUUCUUCAUGGGCACCCGCCUCUAUGUUCGUGUCCGCCCCGAGGGCAGCCCCUUGACUAGCUUUGCACAGGUCCUCGUCGCCGCCGCCCGCAAGCGCCACCUCCGGCGAGCUCGUAGCGUCGCCGAGCUGUUCGACCCACCGCACCGGAGCAAGCUUGUCUCCAAGCUGGCCUACACCGACCAGUUCACAUGCCUCGACAAGGCGGCCAUGCGGACCCCUGAGGACGCGCUCUGCUCUGACGAGAAGACGCCAGUGAACCAAUGGAGGUUGUGCACGAUACAACAGGUGGAGGAGGUGAAGUGCUUAGCGCGCAUCAUCCCGGUGUGGUCGUCGGGCAUCGUCUACUUCGUGGUGCUGACCCAGCUUGGCACCUACGUCGUGCUCCAAGCAGCACAAACCGAUCGCCGGAUCAGCAGCGCCAGCAGCUUCGAGAUCCCGCAAGGCUCCUUCAUCGUCUUCUCCAUGCUCUCCCUCACUCUAUGGAUACCCGUGUACGACCGGCUGGUGGUGCCGGCGCUCCGCCGCUUCACCAAGCACGAGGGCGGCAUCACCCUGCUCCAGCGCAUCGGCGUCGGGCUGGCGCUCUCCGUCGCGACGAUGCUGGUGUCGGCGGCCGUGGAGCACCGACGACGGCGCCGGACCGCCAUGACGUCGUGCUUCUGGCUGGUGCCGCAGCUGCUGCUGGCGGGCUUGUCGGAGGCGUUCGGCGGCAUCGGGCAGCUCGAGUUCUUCUACCGGCAGUUCCCGGAGAACAUGCGGAGCGUGGCCGGGGCGCUCUACUGCCUGGGGUUCGCCCUCGCGAGCUACGCCAGCGGGGUGAUGGUGACGGUGGUGCACCGGGCGACGAGGGGGCGGGACGGGGAGCCCGAUUGGCUGGCGCAGGACCUGGACCAGGGAAGGGUCGACCUGUUCUACCUUGUCACCGCCACCAUCGCCGCCGUCAACCUCGUAUACUUCGUUGUCUGCGCACGGUGGUACAGGUCCAAGGAGUCCGACGACAACGAUGACGACGGCGACGGCUCCCAUGCCGGCGAUGACGUCGAGCUCGUCGAAGGAAGACCGCAGAAGUCCGCGAGUUCGGCGCCGGUUUAGCUUAGUUAUUAUAGGCCGUGAUGCAUGGAUUGGUAGAUUAUGACUGGACAUGUAUGUAUGUAUUGUAUACGAUGAUAGUAGAAUGAUGCACCAGGCAUUCAAGAAACUAGAUGAUACCCCGCAGGUUGUUGCGGAAAUAUUUUGCAACAUAUCUCAAUGUGAUUCACUGUAUGAAACAUAUAUAAAAGAAUAAAACUGAAACUU